AUGGAUUCAUUCAUCGCAGCUCUAAUCUUGCUCAUCCCCUUUUCUUCAUGUUCUGCCACGUAUGCCGCACCCGUCCCUGGAACGAGCGCAAUGCUCAUCCCCGUGAACUCAAACUGUAGCGCAGCAUCUUCAAACGCCACUUUCCAACUGGCGUUCAUAAGCUACGGGAACUGGACGUCAUUAUCAACAGACGGCGAGACCCCCCAACAUCUCGAGUCCGUCUCCUUCGCGGUCUCCAACGCCGCCAACGCUGUGAACACCACCUGUGCAUUCUCGCUCGGCGCCGUGGCGGAGACGACAUGGCAAGCAUGUGCCGACCGGAAGGACACAGAUGGGAAGCAUGUAUUCACUGUUGCUACUGAGGCUGCGUUCGGACUAGUAGACAAGAGUCUAGCUGUGAAUCAGACGUGGUUCUGUCAUGACGAUGCGGGACGCUUAGUCGCUUACACUGGCAUAGCGAAUACAGUUCUAGACCUCACAUGCUCCGAAAGUGAGGUGUCAGGGUACCAUCUCCAGAAUUGCACAUCACCUGAUCUCGCACUGCCAGUCACAUUACUUUGA